AUGAAGUGGUGGAGCGGACUGUCAGCCAUGUUUACUUUAGAGCUUUCCAAGAGAACGGAGGAAACAGGCGAGAGUCAGACACAGGCGCUGACAAGGCUGGAGGUGUUCGAAAAGUCUCACAAGGUUAGGUCAGCCCGGAGGAUUUUUGGAGGACGGAUAAUCAUGGCGUUGAGGGUGAUCCGGACGGUUAUUCCUUCUGGGGCAAAUGGACUCCGUUCUGUAAAUAUUGUGCAUAAGGCAAGUAUACACUCUAGUCCAGUCAGGAGCCUGCGCUAUGGCUGGUGGGCCUAUGCACUUGGUGAGAGGACCACACCGAGGCUGAACCGGCUCAGCAAAAUCUUCUCUGUAGAGGGAAACCUGGCUUCUGGGAAAGGUGCUUUGGCACAGAAAUUGGCUGAAAAACUGGGGAUGCUGUACAUGCCCGAGCCCGACACGUUUUACUUGGACAAGAUGACGGGUGAGAAGCAGCCUCUUCCACUCGACUACAACGGGAUGUGCAGUCUGGAGAAGUUCUACACUGACCCCAAAGCUGCAGAUGGCAACAGCUACAGGCUCCAGCACUGGAUGUACAUCAUGAGGCUGCUGCAGUAUUCAGACGCCAUUGAACACAUGCUCACUACAGGUCAGGGUGUAAUUUUGGAACGAUCUCCGUUCAGUGACAUGGUCUUCGUGGAGGCCAUGUUCAAACAGGGCUACAUCAGAAAAGAGUGUGUGGAUCACUAUGAGGAGAUUAAACAUAUUAGUAUCUGUGAGUUUCUACCUCCUCAUCUGGUGAUUUAUAUCGACCAACCGGCAGAAGAGGUGCAGAAGAAACUCAGACAGAGCAGCAAGUCGUUUGUUCAUAACACGCCCCUGGCCUAUCUAAAGAGCAUUGAGGACAGCUAUAAGAAGUCCUACUUACCCACAGUCAGUGAAUCCUCUGAGCUGCUUGCUUAUGAUGUCACCCAAGCCCAGGACAUUGAAAAGGUGGCAGAGGACAUCGAGUACCUGUCGUUCGAAAAGGGUCCGUGGGUGGAGCAGGAUGACGUCACCUACCAUCACAUGAGAGAGCUUGUUGAGGACAAAAACAGAGUGGCGACACUGGCCCACAUCCCCAAGUUUCUUCCAGAGAUAACCAUCGGAGCCCAUGACUAUAACGACAAAUACUACGCCUACAGAUCGCUCCCGGGAAAGAGGUACGCUCCUGGUUAUAACGUGGACAUAGGAGACAAGAAUGUUCUGUUCAAGUAA